GCAGCCGCUCGCGAGAGGAUACCGACCGUUAUUUAUUUAUUCAACAACAAAUUUAUUUAUUUCGCUGAUUUUUGAGUUUCUGUCUGCUUUGUUUUGCUUUGACGCACUUUUAACACGUCUGGACUCUGGAAAAUACUGCAGUCGGACUCUAUGAGAACUCCCGGAGGAGCUUUACCGCGUCUGUGAGGCUGAAGCGGGAGGAAUGAACCGUUUCUGUGAGAUUUUCAUAUUUGUGACUGUAACUCGCGCUGUGGCAGAAGGUCUCAGAUGCUCAGAGUCCUGUCAGAACGGAGGAGCAUGCGAGCUCACGGCCAGCGGGCAGACGACCUGCAGGUGUCCUGCGGACUUCGCAGGCGCGCAGUGUCAGUUCCCGAACCCGUGCAGUCCGUCUCCGUGCCGUAACGGGGGCGUGUGUAAGCCGCGGACGCAGGGCAACGAUGUGGACUUUACAUGCGACUGUAUGUUGGGCUUCAGCGGGCCGCUGUGUCUGACGCCGGUGAACCACGCCUGCAUGAGCUCGCCCUGCCGCAACGGAGGGUCCUGCUCACUCACCACACUCGCCACCUUCAGCUGCCGCUGCCCACCAGGGUGGUCAGGUAAGACGUGUCAGCAGGCGGAUCCCUGUGCGUCCAACCCGUGUGCCAACGGAGGAAAGUGCUCAGCGUUCGACUCCCACUUCAUUUGCACCUGCCCUGCAAACUUCCACGGGCAGACGUGUCGACAGGACGUCAACGAGUGUGCGCUAUCUCCGUCGCCAUGCCGCAACGGCGGAGUGUGUGUGAACGAGGUGGGGUCCUACCGCUGCCACUGCCCACCCGGGUUCGCGGGGACACACUGCGAGCGCCUGUUUCACCCCUGCCAGCCUUCACCUUGCACCAACGGGGGGACGUGCGUACAGACCAGCGACACCGGAUACACCUGCACCUGUUUGCCAGGGUUUACAGGUCAGGACUGUGAGCAUAACAUUGAUGACUGUGUUCAGCAUGCUUGUGAAAACGGUGGCAAGUGUAUGGACGGAGUGAACACCUACAACUGCCACUGUGACAAACACUGGACAGGCCAGUAUUGUACGGAGGAUGUGGACGAGUGUGAGCUGUCUCCAAAUGCGUGUCAGAAUGGAGGAACGUGCCACAACACGGUGGGUGGGUUCCAGUGUGUGUGUGUGAAUGGCUGGACUGGGGACGACUGCAGCGAGAACAUCGAUGACUGCGCCAGUGCUGCCUGUUAUAAAGGGGCCACCUGCCAUGACCGCGUCGCAUCCUUCUACUGCGAGUGCCCACAUGGACGCACUGGUCUGCUGUGUCACCUGGACGACGCGUGUAUCAGUAACCCGUGUCAGAAAGGCUCCAACUGUGACACAAACCCUGUUAACGGGAAAGCCAUCUGCACCUGCCCUCCUGGAUAUACUGGCUCGGCCUGUAACCAGGACAUAGACGAGUGCUCACUAGGGGCCAAUCCAUGUGAGCAUGGCGGCCGGUGUCUGAACACCAAAGGCUCGUUCCAGUGCAAGUGUCUCAAAGGCUAUGAAGGGCCACGCUGUGAAAUGGAUGUCAACGAGUGCAAGUCUAACCCAUGCCAGAACGAUGCCACCUGCCUCGACCAGAUUGGUGGAUUCCACUGCAUCUGUAUGCCAGGGUACGAGGGUGAGUUCUGCCAGGUCAACGCUGAUGACUGUGCGUCCCAGCCUUGCCUAAACAACGGCAAAUGCAUCGACAAGAUCAACUCCUUCCACUGCGAGUGUCCGAAAGGAUUCUCUGGAAGUCUGUGUCAAGUGGAUGUUGAUGAGUGCGCCAGCACUCCGUGUCAGAACGGAGCCAAGUGCAACGAUGGCCCAAACAAAUACACCUGCGAGUGCAGAGAAGGUUUCACUGGCUCUCUGUGUGAGAUAGAUAUAAACGAAUGUGCUUCAAACCCCUGUCAUUACGGAGUGUGUAAGGAUGGCCUGGCUUCGUUUACGUGUGUGUGCCGCCCUGGUUACUCCGGCCGGCUGUGUGAGAUCAACAUUAACGAGUGCUUGAGUCAGCCGUGCCGCAACGGAGGAACUUGCCAGGACCGAGAGAACUCUUACACCUGCACCUGCCCUAAAGGAAUCACAGGUCGAAACUGUGAGAACAACGUGGACGACUGUAAGAGUAAACCAUGCGUCUUCGGCAAGUGCGUCGACAGAAUCAACGGCUACGACUGCCUGUGCGAUCCUGGAUAUACAGGUGCUACGUGUAACAUUAACAUCGACGACUGCGCUCUGAACCCGUGCCGUAAUGGCGGUACGUGUGUGGACGGAGUCAACUCCUUCACCUGCCACUGCCCCGAUGGCUUCCACGACCCCACCUGCCUCUCUCAGAGAAACGAGUGCUCCAGCAACCCCUGUAUCCACGGCAACUGCCAAGACCAGGCCAACAGUUAUCUGUGCGUGUGUGAGCCUGGCUGGACGGGCCGGAACUGCGAUCUAAACGUCAACGAGUGUUUGUCCAACCCAUGUGUGAAUGGAGGAACAUGCAGGGACAUGACCAACGGCUACGUCUGUAGCUGCAGACCAGGAUUUACCGGUCCUAAUUGCCAGACUAACAUCAAUGAAUGUGCUUCCAACCCCUGCCUGAACCAGGGCACCUGUAUUGAUGAUGUUGCAGGAUACAAAUGCAACUGCCUACUGCCGUACACAGGAGAGCUGUGUGAGGCCGUGUUGGCUCCAUGCUCUGCUCGUCCAUGUAAGAAUGGAGGCGUGUGCCGUGAGUCUGAAGACUACCAGAGCUUCUCCUGUGCCUGCCCAGCUGGCUGGCAGGGUCAGACCUGUGAGGUGGACAUUAACGAGUGUGUGAAGUCUCCGUGCCUUAAUGGUGGAGUCUGUGUGAACUCAGUGGGAGGAUUCCAGUGCCACUGCAACCCCGGAUUCACUGGAGACCUGUGUGAGACCGACACUGACGACUGCACUCCAAACCCAUGUAGUAAUGGUGGGGUGUGCGUGGACCGCGUGAACGGCUUCACGUGCGUGUGUGUUGCCGGGUUCCGGGGCGAGCGGUGUGCCGAGGACAUCGAUGAGUGUGUGAGCGCCCCCUGUCGCAACGGUGGGAACUGCACAGACUGUGUGAACAGCUAUACCUGCAGCUGCCCUGCCGGGUUCAGCGGCAUCAACUGUGAGAUCAACACACCAGACUGUACUGAGAGCUCCUGCUUUAAUGGUGGAACGUGUGUGGAUGGGAUAAACUCGUUCUCAUGCUUGUGCUUGCCGGGCUUCACGGGGAGUUACUGCCAACACGACGUCAACGAGUGCGACUCGCGGCCUUGCCUUAAUGGAGGCACCUGCCAGGAUGGCUUCGGCACCUACAAGUGCACUUGUCCACAUGGUUACACCGGCGCCAACUGCCAGACCCUGGUACGGUGGUGUGAUUCCUCUCCCUGUAAGAACGGAGGCUCCUGUUGGCAGCAGGGCUCCUCCUUCACCUGCCAGUGUGCCAGCGGCUGGACUGGACUCUACUGUGACGUGCCCAGCGUCAGCUGUGAGGUUGCUGCUCAGCAGCAAGGUGUAUCAGUGGGUGCCCUGUGCCGUAAUGGUGGUCAGUGUGUGGACGUGGGCAGCACACACCUGUGCAGGUGCCAGGCAGGUUACACAGGCAGCUACUGUCAGGAGCAGGUGGAUGAGUGUGUGCCAAACCCAUGCCACAACGGAGCCACCUGCACUGACUACCUGGGAGGAUACACCUGUGAGUGUGUUGCGGGUUAUCAUGGUGUAAACUGCAGCAAGGAGAUAAACGAGUGUGUGUCUCAGCCAUGCCAGAAUGGUGGCACCUGCAUAGACCUCAUCAACUCCUACAAGUGCUCCUGUCCUCGAGGAACGCAAGGUGUUCACUGUGAGAUAAACGUGGACGACUGCUCUCCAGAUGCUGAUCCAGUGACCGGUGAGCCACGUUGCUUUAACGGCGGCCGCUGUGUUGACCGCAUCGGCGGUUACGGGUGUGUGUGUCAGACGGGUUUUGUGGGAGAGCGCUGUGAGGGUGACGUUAAUGAGUGUCUGUCUGACCCCUGUGACCCCAACGGAUCAUACAAUUGCGUUCAGCUGGUCAACAGCUACCGCUGUGAAUGCCGUACAGGAUACACAGGUCAGCGCUGUGACACUGUAUUUGAUGGCUGUAAGGACAACCCUUGCAGAAAUGGAGGAACUUGUGCCGUCGCCAGCAACACCAAACAUGGAUACAUCUGCAAAUGCCCUUCUGGUUUUUCUGGCUCAUCCUGUGAGUACAACUCUCACUCUUGCGGCACCCUGCGGUGCCGUAACGGUGCCACCUGUGUCUCGGGUCACCUGAGUCCACGCUGCCUGUGCCCACCGGGCUUCAGUGGACACGAGUGUCAGAACCGUCUCGACUCGCCCUGUCUGUCCAGCCCGUGCUAUAACGGGGGCACCUGCCAGCCCAUCGCUGAUGCUCCCUUCUUCCGCUGCCUGUGCCCACCCAACUUCAACGGCCUACUCUGCCACAUACUGGAUUACUCCUUCAGCGGUGGGCAGGGCAGGGACAUUGCCCCGCCACCAGAGCUGGAGAUACGCUGUGAGGUGGCGCAGUGUGAGGGCAGGGGAGGUAAUGCCAUCUGCGACUCUCAGUGUAAUAACCACGCAUGCGGUUGGGAUGGUGGAGACUGCUCUCUGAACUUUGACGACCCGUGGCAGAACUGUAGCGCCGCCCUGCAGUGCUGGAGGUACUUCAACGACGGCAAGUGUGACGUGCAGUGCGCCAACGCCGGCUGCCUCUACGACGGAUUCGACUGCCAGAGACUGGAGGGCCAGUGCAAUCCCCUGUAUGAUCAGUACUGUAAGGACCACUACUCUGACGGUCACUGUGAUCAGGGCUGUAAUAACGUGGAGUGUGAGUGGGAUGGUUUAGACUGUGCUGAGGACGUCCCCCAAAAGCUGGCAGUGGGCAGUUUGGUGCUGGUGGUCCACAUUCCGCCAGACGAGCUCCAAAACCGCUCGUCUUCAUUCCUGAGGGAGCUCAGCGGACUCCUCCACACUAACGUGGUGUUCCGGCGCGACGCUAACGGAGAGCCGCUGAUCUUCCCUUAUUACGGCAACGAGCACGAGCUAAGCAAGCACAAGCGCUCGGGCCAUGACUGGAGCGACCCGGCCCAGCUGCUGCAGCGUGCCAGGAGAAGCAUAGCUGCUGUCAUACACGCACGACUACGAAGAGAACUGGACCAUAUGGAGAUUAAGGGCUCCAUCGUUUAUCUGGAGAUCGAUAACCGUCAGUGUUUCCAGCAAUCAGACGAGUGUUUCCAGAGCGCCACAGAUGUUGCGGCCUUCCUCGGAGCGCUGGCUUCCAGCGGAAAUCUCAACGUUCCCUACAUCAUAGAAGCAGUUACCAGUGAGAAUGAGGCUCCGACUCGGGGGGAGAUGUACCCCAUGUUCCUGGCCCUGCUGGUUCUGGCUGUGAUGGUGCUGGUUGCUGUGGGAGUAAUGUUGUCUCGGAAACGUAAGCGAGAGCACGGCCAGCUGUGGUUUCCCGAGGGAUUCAAAGUGACUGAAACCAAAAAGAAGCGCAGAGAGCCGGUGGGAGAGGAUUCGGUCGGACUCAAGCCUCUGAAGAACUCGGACAGCUCUCUGAUGGACGAGCAACUGAGUGAAUGGGCAGAGGAAGACCACGGCAAACGCUUUAGGUUUGAGGAGCAGUCCAUGCUGGAUAUCGGUGGUCAGUUGGAUCCUCGUCAGUGGACUCAGCAGCACCUGGAUGCUGCUGACCUGCGUCUGAACUCUAUUGCGCCGACUCCACCACAGGGCGAUAUAGACACUGACUGUAUGGAUGUGAAUGUCCGAGGACCUGAUGGCCUCACUCCUCUGAUGAUCGCCUCCUGCAGUGGUGGUGGUUUAGAGACAGCGAACGGUGAAGAUGAGGACGAUGACCCUUCGGCCGCUGUAAUCACAGACUUUAUCUGUCACGGAGCAAAUCUACAUAACCAGACAGAUCGGACAGGUGAGACGGCGCUGCACCUGGCCGCGCGCUACGCCCGCUCAGACGCAGCCAAACGCCUGCUGGAGUCCAGCGCAGACGCCAACGUCCAGGACAACAUGGGCCGCACCCCGCUACACGCCGCUGUAGCUGCAGACGCGCAGGGAGUGUUCCAGAUCCUGAUCCGUAACCGCGCAACAGAUUUAGACGCUCGUAUGAAUGAUGGAACAACCCCACUGAUCCUGGCCACACGAUUGGCUGUGGAGGGCAUGGUGGAAGAGCUGAUCAACUGCCAUGCUGACAUCAAUGCCGUCGAUGACUCUGGUAAGUCUGCUCUCCACUGGGCUGCUGCUGUCAAUAAUGUGGACGCUACUAUGGUGCUUCUCAAGAACGGAGCCAACAAGGACCUGCAGAACAACAAGGAGGAGACCCCUCUGUUCUUGGCAGCUCGUGAAGGCAGCUACGAAACGGCGAAAGUUCUCCUUGAUCACCUGGCCAACCGUGACAUCACCGACCACCUGGACCAGCUGCCCCGAGACAUCGCUCAGGAGCGAAUGCACCACGACAUCGUUCGUCUCCUGGAGGAAUAUAACCUGGUCCGGAGUCCACCACUUCCUUUGUCGCCUCCGAUCUGCUCACCGGAAGCUUUCCUUGGCAUCAAAACUAGCCCAGGUGGAGCCAAUAACACCAACAGCGCCGCAGCCAAGAAACAACGCAAACCUGGCGGAAAAGGCAUCGGAGGGAAAGAGGGAGGGAAAGAGAUGAAGCUAAAGAAGAAGAAGAAUGGAGAGGGAAAGAAUGGAGGGUUGAUGGAGGUUCUCUCUCCAGUCGAAUCGCUGGAGUCUCCGCACGGGUACCUGUCAGACGUCUCUUCGCCACCUGUGAUGACAUCGCCCUUCCAGCAGUCUCCACCCAUCGCCCAUCAUCUGCAGGGCUUGGAGUCUCAAAUGGGUGGAGCUCACCUGAGCAUAGGUAAGCCAUUUGACACUGCCCCUCCACGCUUGACCCACCUCCCAGUGGCUAACAACGGAGGCGGAGCCCAAGCGGGGCAGUGCGAUUGGCUGCAGCGGGUGCAACAGCAGCAACAGCAAGCGGGAUUCUCUGCAUUGAUGCCCACGAUGCACCACGGCACCGGCAUGCCACAAGUGAUGGGUUAUCCCACAAUGCAAAAUAGCCACCUGGGCACACCAUCUCACCUGUUGUCUGGUCACGCCCACCAAACCAGCCAUCACAACCACCCAGGUCUACAGCACCAAACCUCAAGCUCCACCCUCUCCCAACACUUCCUGGGAGACUUGACUGGGAUGGAUCUUCAGUCAGGGAUCGCCCCCAUCCAGACCCUCCUGCCACAGGAGACGCGUAUGGCUCCACCCAUUUCCAGCACACAGUUUCUGACUCCGCCCUCCCAGCACAGUUACUCCGCCCCCAUGGACAACACACCCAGUCACCAGCCACAGGUCCCUGACCACCCCUUCUUAACCCCCUCCCCUGGCUCUCCUGACCAGUGGUCCAGCUCCUCCCCACAUUCCAACCUCUCUGAUUGGUCAGAGGGCAUCUCGAGCCCACCCACCAGCAUGCAUAUGAACCACAUCCCCGAAGCCUUCAAGUAGGUGGUGCUGCGUCACCGCAGCAAUGAAACAGAGACUUUCUCUACAACUUUAUGCCAACACCACAAACUAUUUUUACCUAUUUUUUAUUUAUUUAUGCGCUUUUUUUCACCACAGAUAUAAAAAGAUCCUUUUUUAUUUAUGCAUUUUGAUUUUUAUCUAAGAACUUUUUGGGAAAAAAUGGAAACUACUGUCUGCUGCACAUGUUAUAAAACCUUUUUGUUAAAAUGGCUUUUUUAUAGAUAUUUUCAUGUGUUUUUUUAUGGAGACGUUUCAGUAUUAAGUAGAACUUGACGUGGUCCUUAAAGCCAGACGUUAGCGCCGGUAGAAAAAGUCUUAAAUGGAAGAACAUGGAAGUCUUUGAAUGUUUAACUGACGUCUUCUCACACAUCUGCAUGGACUCAGGACGUUGACUGAUGAUGAAGCCGUUCCGAUGGGAAUGUGGUAGAAUGACGAGUUCUAAUGCGUUCGGAUGAGCCUGUUUAAACGAAUCAGGAGUUUGACGAUGGAGGAACGUCCUCGGUUCUCUUCGCCACACAGAACAAUGUAUACAAGUUUGUCAUAUGAUGUUUUGUAUCUUCACUGCUGUUCAUUUUGAACCAGCGUUAUCUUCCCCACUGCACCUGAGUUCAGGCGCUCGGGGGAGCUUUCGUAUAUGUAGCUUUUAAUGAUCACUGUAAUUUAUUUUAUUUUUAGUAGAAACGUCUCAGCCUUGUGCAACCAUAUCAAAGCUCUCCUUUACUUUGAAGUGCUGAAUCAUUUUGGACUGCAACCCACAUAGUAGCCAGUGUUUUUAUCCAUUUUGAAAUGUAAUAUAUUAAAAAUGCACAAUAUUAUUUCAUAUAUUUUGUAAUAUAUUGACACGCUCCAAUGUGUUUGUAUUUCAUAUAGCCUUACAAGUCCAUCUUGCUGGGUGAACUAGAGUCCAUAAGUGCCAACACAUGACCUGAAAGUCAAAAAUAAACAUUGCUGACCAAAACUGGUCAAAUGAAACUGGGUAUGAGUUUCCGAAUGGUUGUACAAGGCUAGAAAUGCCUGUUAAGCUAGAUUUUAGACAUGUAGAGUGGUGCGUGAGGAUGUGUGUGUGUGUGUGUGGGACAGAGAAUGUACACAGUUGUGUAUGUGUGUGUUGCACUGUGAUGACCUCGUUGGCGCUCGGGAUGAGUGACCGCUCGGUGUCGGACCUGUUAAGUUUUAUAAACACUGAUUAAAUGUUUUACUGCUAAAGGAAUAAUGACAUAUGUAUUUGUAGUCUGUUGAGGAAAACAUUUGAUUUGUAAAAUAUUUUUUUUCCAAACAAUAAAAAAAAACAUUUUCUUGGUAAAA